AUGUACAAAAUGGAUUAUUCCUAUCUAAACACAUACGAUUCCUGUAUGGCGGCGAUGGAGGCGUCGGCCUAUGCAGACUUCAACUCCUGUAGCCAAGCGAACACGUUCCAGUACAACCCCAUCCGGACCAGCUUCGGCGCAAACCCGGGUUGCCCUCCACUCAGUACGGCUAGCUGCACACUUGGAGCCCUUAGAGACCACCAGCCCGCCCCGUACUCCACAGUUCCUUAUAAAUUUUUCUCGGAUCCUUCGGGACUGAACGAAAAACGGAAACAGCGGCGCAUACGCACCACAUUCACGAGCUCGCAGCUGAAGGAACUGGAGCGAGUGUUCGCAGAGACGCACUAUCCUGACAUUUACACUCGCGAGGAACUCGCGCUGAAAAUAGACCUCACUGAGGCUCGAGUACAGGUAUGGUUCCAAAACCGACGUGCCAAGUUCCGCAAGCAGGAGCGCGCUGCCAAUUCCAAGGGUGCCAAUGCUGGCAGCGCCAACGGCAACAGCGCCAAGAAAUCGGGAGAGCCCCGCUCUUCCUCAGAGGAUGACGAGUCUAAGGAGUCUACGUGCAGCCCCACCCCGGAUAGCACAGCGUCCCUGCCCAGCUCUGGGAACAUGGGGAGCCCCGGGGCCAGCAGCCUGAGCCCUAGCCCUGUAUCGGCCACCUCUGCUGGGUUUGCCAACACCUCCACUUCCCCCUCCCUCCACCAGGGGCUGAAAGCACCGGCCUGGCCCAGCAUUGGGUCCACCGGGCCGGGUUCGAUCACCCCUACCAACACCCACCAGGGCUCUGAUCUCCUGAAGGCGUGGCAGCCCGCGGACAGUAUGGCCGCUGGACCGUUUGCUGGAGUUCUCUCAUCUUUCCAUCGGAAACCCAACACGCUGAAAACCAACCUCUUCUAG